UUCUCAGCUAGGGAAGCUUGUGUCAAGCUCGGGUAUCUUAGACGUCUCGUGGAGUAAGAUCUCGGAGCUGCAUGGAUCAACCUAUCAAGAUAAAAAUUCAGCUCUACGAACGAAGAUUUACCAAGAUUCUAAAUACAUAUUAGUAGUUUUUUCCGCACCACCGAUAUGCAAAAAUAGCUCUUCUCCUACUCUUAUUUCCGGAGAAACAAAUACGUUUAGUUUUCUCUAUUCCGCUAAGAUCCCCUCAUUCUCUCUGCACACACCUGCUCUUGAGAUUUUUACCUCAAACUAUGAUGAACUCCUUAUGCUCAAAUCAGAGUUACGCGAGUCCCCGAAGCCGGUAAUCAUCACUGGGGCUGCGUUAGGAGGAUCUGUCGCAUCUCUCUUUACACUAUGGCUCCUAGAAGCAGUCGAUCGAAGACAAAAACUCCCCUUGUGCAUCACAUUUGGCUCGCCUUUAAUCGGAGACGCUUCUUUGCAGCAGAUUCUAAAUCAUUCUGUGAUGAACUCAUGUUUCCUUCACGUGGUUGACGACGCUGCACGAAGUCCCAUCACGGAAGAUUUGUUCAAACCUUUUGGAAUGUUCUUGAUCUGUUUUGGCUCGGAAUGUAUUUGCAUCGAUGACCCCGAGGCUGUACUGGAGUUGCUUAACGGUGUUAACGCGGAUCUAGUGGGCUGGACUGACUAUGGGGAAGUUAUAAAGCGCCUGCGUUAUUCCUCAAUGGCGGAGUCAAGUCUGAUGAUUGAUGAUAUUAUUAUCGAUCGAAUGGAGGGACGUGCACGGAAAAAGAAGCUGCGAUUUGAUCUGCUUAAUAAAGUAAACGACAUAAAGAUAGGGAUGAUAUAUCUUGACAGGUACGUAAAGCAAAGCAAGAAAUCGAAGAUAUGUUCCUACGAUUGCUUCAAGACCCAAACCAUUUUUCCGUAUUCACAGUUUAGAAAUGAGCUAAACGAUUUCUUUAAAUCAGUGGUGGAAAAUAUAGAGAAUAUGCCACGGAAGGAAAAGUCGGUGCUCAAGACAAUCAGUCUAUUCGCUGGGAACAAUUACAGACGGCUGGUGGAACCGUUCGAUAUUGCUGAACAUUACCUCAGCGGUCGGAAAGAGUACCGUACCACGGGGAGGUCUCGCCACUACGUUAUGCUCGAGAAAUGGCUUAACGAAUUAUUCUAUAAAUCGUAUAGUCAUAGACCGGGGAAAGAUCUGAGUGAUCUAAUAACGGUUGAUUCUUGUUUCUGGGCCGAAGUUGAGGAAGCUAUCAUCGUAAUCAAUUUGCUGAAAACAAACGUGGGGAUGAAACACGAGGAAUUGAUAGGAAAACUCGCGAGGUUUGAGGAAUACGUGUGGGAGAUGAUCUUAAAAAGUGAAGUUUCACCAGAAAUUUUCUGGGAGAAAAGCAGUUUCAUGAGGUGGUGGAAAGAGUACAAAGAGAUCAAGGGAAGAUAUGGAUUUGAUUCUACACCUUCACCCUUCAUCGAGUUUAUGAACUCUGAGAUGUACAAGAAUUAUGGUUUGCCCUUCACGAAAGAUAACAUUGAUGAUUUGGAAACGGCACCAAGUCCCGGUGAUAGACUGAAUACUUUCAAGGAGGAGGUCUGUUUGAAAGUUAGAGAUGAUUCUUUGCAGGUUUUUUUUUUCGAAAUUUAUCUACUUGACUAUGACAAAAACCCGGACGAAAAAUCUAAGGCCCUUAACACAAUUUCUAAGAUCUCAGGAGUCUUUCCUACAGUGGAAUGGUUCGAGGAGAUUAAGUUGAUUGUAUUUGCGACGAUGGAUCCAAUAGAGACAGUGGAAAAGCUGGGAAAAUACUGGAACGCCGAAAUUGUUAAUGUUUGGCGCAGUAAGAAAGCCGAGCCAAAUAAAGAAAGUAGCAAAGAGCAAUCGGAGAAACAAGUUGAAGUGAGUGUUAAAACCAAAGAAAUCAAGGACGGGAGGAGUGUUUUGUCAGGUUCAGGGUGCAUCAUUGCAACCGUCAGAGGCAAAUCCUCAGAUACAGCUCUCAGCAUGAGGAAUCCUAACGAUGACUGGUCCUCCUUCUGCGAGUUCCUUAGCACCCACCAGCCUCCACUGAAUCUCUCUGAGUGCAGAGCGGAAAACGUUAUUGAUUUUCUCCGCAUGCAGCAGGCUUCAGGCGACGUGGAGGCCCUUGCUGGCCACCUCAGUGCCAUGUGUGAGGCGUACGAUAUAAAACUGAAGGAAAAUCCUUUCCACAGCCUAGCUGUAACCCGAUACGUUGAAGAGGUGACUAGAGAAUCACAAUGCAUAUUGAUCUUUUACGACAGCCAUGAUGUGGACGAGCCACAUUUCAUGGAAACAAUCUUAAAAGAGUUACACGAGCGAGAACUCACACCUCUGACGUAUAAUCUAUCGGGGAGAGAGACCUUGGACACAGAGUUACUAGACAGAUCUAGUGUUGGUGUUGUAGUGCUUUCAAAUAACUACUCUUGUUCUAGUGAGUCCCUAGCUCAUCUGGUGGCAAUCAUGGAACAUUGGCAAGCAGAAAAAUUCGUAACCACUCCUGUACAUUUUAGAGUAACACUAUCAGACACUGGGCUGGAAGAAGUACGGCUGAAGUGUCUGAAUCCUAUCCAGGCAGACAGAGUUCAGAAUUGGAAGGCGGCUAUGGCUGAAAUACCAUCCGUACAUGGACAUGGAUGGACAAAAGGGACUCAGGUUAUGCUUGCCAAGGAAGUUGUAAGAAACACAUGUUUAAGGCUAGACUUGAAAAAAUACACGAAUCUGGCCAGAGCCGUAGCAUAUAUAAAAAGUCUCAAACCUUCCGACGUGGAAAUUGUUGGACUCUGGGGUAUGGCAGGAAUAGGUAAGACAUCCAUUGCUCGAGAGAUUUAUGGACUUCUAGCUCCAGACUACGAUAUGUGUUACUUUCUGCAAGACUUUUAUCUAACGUGUCAAAAGAAAGGGAUGAUGCAAAUGCGUGAUGAUUUCUUAUCUAAAGUAUUUGGGGAAGAAAAACUAAGUAUAAGCGCUUGUGAUAUAAAACCAAGUUUCAUGAGGCACUGGUUCCACAGUAAAAAAAUUCUUCUUGUUCUCGAUGACGUGAGCAACGCCAGCGAUGCAGAAGCUGUAGUUGGAGGGUUUAGCUGGAUCUCUCAUGGACACAGAAUCAUCUUAACCUCUAGGCGGAAACAAGUUCUUGUACAGUGCAAGGUUCAAGAGCCGUACGAGAUUCGAAGAUUGUGCCAGUUUGAAUCUUCUCGCCUCUGCAAACAAUAUUUGAAUGGAGAAAGUGAAGUCAUCAAAGAGCUUGUGAGCUGCAGUAGUGGUAUUCCAUUGUCUCUCGAAGUUUUGGGCUCCUCUGUAUCAAAGCAGCGUAUAAAAGACAUGAAGAAGCAUCUCCAAAGCUUGCGGAGAAAUCCUCCAACUCAGAUUCAGGAAACAUUCCGGAGAAGCUUUGAUGGGCUAGAUGGAAACCAAAAGAACAUAUUUUUGGACCUUGCAUGUUUUUUCAGUGGGGAGAACAAAGAUCACGUGGUGCAGUUACUUGAUGCUUGCGGGUUUCUUACUAAUUUGGGAAUUUGUGAUCUUAUAGACGAGUCUCUCAUUACUCUUGUGGACAAUGCGAUAGAGAUGCCUAUUCCUUUCCAAGAUUUUGGUCGAUUUAUUGUUCUUGAAGAAGACGAGGAUCCAUGCGAGCGUAGCAGAUUGUGGGACUCUGACGACAUUACUUAUGUAUUGACAAAAAAUUCAGGAACAGAAGCAAUUGAAGGAAUCUUCUUGGAUGCGUCUGACUUGACCUUUGAGAACUUUAUCAAGUUGAGUCCGACUGUGUUUGAUAACAUGUAUGGACUUAGAUUGCUGAAGUUCUAUGAUUCCACCUCUGGGAACCAGUGCAAGCUAAGUCUACCUGACGGCCUUGACAUGUUACCCGAUGAGCUAAGGCUACUUCACUGGGAGCAUUACCCUCUGGAAUACUUGCCUGAGGAAUUUAUUCCGGAGAAUCUUGUCGAGUUAAACAUGCCAUAUAGCAAUAUGGAGAAGCUCUGGGAAGAGAAGAAAAAUCUCAAGAAGCUAAAGAAAAUCAGAUUGAGUAACUCAAGAAACUUAACUGAUAUUCUGAUGUUAUCAGAAGCCCUGAACCUUGAGGAUAUUGAUCUCGAAGGAUGUACUAGUCUAGUUGACAUUAGCACGUCCAUUCCUCGUUGUGGGAAGCUUGUUACUUUGAAUAUGAAAAACUGUUCUGGCUUGCGGACUUUGCCAGCCAUGAUGGUUGAUUUGACUUCUCUCAAGCUUCUAAAUUUGUCUGGCUGCUCAGAGCUCGAUGAGGUUCAGGAUUUUGCACCUAACUUGAAAGAGUUAUAUCUAGCUGGGACUGCUAUAAGAGAGCUUCCAUUGUCAACAGAGAAUCUCACUAAUCUUGCUACACUAGAUCUGGAAAACUGCAGUAGGCUUCAGCAACUGCCAUCCGGGAUACGCAACUCGAAAUCUAUUGUCGAGCUUAAACUUUCUGGCUGCACAAAUCUUGAGAGCCUUCCAUAACUCGAGAUCAUAGAUUAAUUGUGAAACCUCUUAGUUUGAUGAUGAACAUCUAUCAGUUCAAGGAUUCAGCCAACCACUGGCCACAUACACGAAGAUUAAACACUGAAGCUGGUGUGGUGUCUACCCGUGUGAUGCCGCUACUUAGUUCGUAUCUACCAAGGAGUCCAUUACCAUGCCAUAUUGUGCACUGUACAGUCCUUGCCGUUCAGCUUGUAAUUUUUUUGUGUGUGUGUGUGUGUGUUAAUUUCUCUGUUGAAUAGAUUAUUUGAUCUUCUGCAUCCCAAGACUAUUUUUCUCGUUUU